AUGUCACAUCUGCCACAUCCUCGCAGAUGUCGAACUCUUCUCUACUCAAUAUUUCUCUUAUUCCUCAUUACCAUUAUCUUUAAAUCUCGAUUUCCCCAGGAAUCUCCGAAACAACCUCUAAAUGAACAUCUCGAUACACCAAUUUACGAACAUGCUUCACCCUACCGACUCUAUGCGAAUCGCACACAAGAAACUAUUCUUGAGAAGCAAUUGAUCGAAAUUGAAGAAAGUAUUACAUCUUCCCUUCUCGAGCUCGAAAAAGAUAUUCGAGCGCCGAAGAAAAUAUGGCAAAUCACUUCCGCGGCUGAGGCGCCUAAUUGGAAAGGCUGGACACAAGAGUGGGCGACCAAAAACCCCCAGUGGGAAAUAAAACAAUAUACCGCAUCGCCCGGUCCAGAUAUCAUCCCAUAUUUUCGUUCCAUACCCUCCAUUUCUCAAACUCUCGCGACACAUCCAGAACUCGAAGUCGAUCUUUUUAGAUGGUUAUUACUUUGGUAUCAUGGAGGCUUUUACCUGGAACCAGAUAUUUGGCCUCGAAUGAGCAUUCAAGAAUGUUUCGACAUGGAUUCAAUCGAACACCCUUCUCUAUCCUUGCCGCGACGAUAUCCGAAUUCAACGGGGAGAUAUGUAGAACAGCGCGAGCGAUCUAGUCCCAUAAGUCUAGUGUUAGGAAUCGAUAUUGAUGAACCAUAUAUGGCUCCUCAUAUCCGAGAAAAAUGGGGAUGGUCGAGAAUAUUUAGUUUUGCUACUUAUGCCAUGUGGGCACCGGGAAGAUUUGAUCCGCUAUUGAGAAAGGCUAUCGUGAGAUGUGUUUCACAUUCUUCUAUGGCCUCUUUGUUUGGAGAAGAAGUAGAUUCGAAGGAAUCUGGGGAAGUUUGUGGGGGUGCCAUGUUAACCGAUAUUGUCUUGGAGAUGCUGACCGAGAAUCUGAAAGAGGUACACAAAGUACGAGACAUGGAUGCAGGAUUGGAGAGAAGAGUUACGUGGAAGAAAUUUCGUGCUAUAAGAUCUCCUUAUUGGUUUUCGGCUAAGGAUUUCAAUGAUAGAAAUGUCGUUGAAGAAAACUUAAGAGGAUUGGGUAUAUUACCCAUUAAUGUUUGGGGAAGUGGUCAGAGGCAUAGUGGGUCGGGAACAUUUGGUCAUGAGGAUGCUUGUACAAAUCAUGUUUAUGGAAGGAGGCCUCCUGUCUCACUUUGGCAAAAGGUAUUUGGAUAG